UUCACAAACCUAAAACCCUGCUUUCUACGCAAACCAGUCCUAGACAAGUGCUCCAAUGGCGUCCCAGCUGGUCGAGAGCCACCGUGCCGGGGCCGAGGUCAUCAAGGGGGGCGAAGUCUGCAAGAAGAAGUCUGUCGAGCUCCUUGAAGAGCUCGGCCUCCCUAAAGGCCUCUUUCCAAUGGACGACAUCGAGGAGAUCGGGUACAACCGCGAGAGCGGGUUCGUUUGGAUGCUUCAGAAGAAGAAGAGCGAGCACACCUUCAAGAAGAUUAACCAGACCGUCUCCUACGACAUCGAGGUGACCGCUUUUGUGGAGAAGGGCAAGAUCAAGAAGGUCACAGGGGUCAAGUUCGAGGACCUGUCUUUGGUCGAGGUCUAUGUGGAUGAGUCUUCUGCUGAUAAGGUCACCGUCAAGACCGACACCGGUCUGUCUGACACCCAUGAUGCGGUCGCGUUCGCUCUCGGAGAAUAGGGAGCUAAGUAGAAAUGGCACAAAAUAAAGUCAGUGAAUGGUUCGACACUAUGGUUCGCAUGUCAUGCAAAAGUAUCUUUCCGUUUUCUUGUAAUCUAAAGGCUGCUGCGUGAAUGUUGCUCCCUUUGGGCUGGUAAUCUUUCGACAGUGAAUUGAA